UCUAGGGCUAACAUACCUGUUUUCCCAGACCCUCCUGCAGCCGUCUGGCCUGACUUUGUCACAACAGCAAUAGACAUUGAAAAGGAUGCAGAAGUGGGAAUGGAAGUGAGAAUGAAAGUCGAGUGAACCAUCUGACCUUGUACAUUAGAUGAUGUGGGAAUAAAUUGAACUAGAUUCAGCCCUGGUGCAAGUGGGUGCAAGACCCACCGAAGUCAGUGGAGCCUCACCUAUUACACAAACCUGCAAGGCUCUGAGCACUCCUGUGCAAUACAGGGGGACCUGUACUCUAGCUAACUUCAGUGGGAGUUAAGAGAGCUCAGUGCAUGGAUGAACUGAGCCCUACAAACACCGGUUGCUUGGAGUUUCUUCCCCCGCUUCAGCACUUUUUCAAAACUAUCUCAUGUAGUGGUUUUUGUGCUACUGUGUUUGUUAGCGAUGUGGUAAAUAGCCAGCAGACACUGGUUCAGCGUCACAGGAGAAACAGCUCAUCAAGCUCUGCCUUUCUUCACUUGAUGUUGGGUUGGAUUUUAUGCAGAAGCACAGAAAUCUAGCUUCAAAGAAUUGUGAAAAUGUUCUGGACACCGGCUCUUCCAGCUGAGUUUCUGCUCUUCCUGUUUUUCCAGGGUACCCCAGCCCAGAAAGGUAUGACACAGGAACCAGCUAUUCUCAUAGUUAAUGAAGGAGAGUCGGUCAACAUAACCUGCUCCAUUACUACCAAGGAGAAGCUAGUAGGGAUGUAUUUGAAAAAAGAAAUUGUAAAUGCCAUGGAAGUGCUAUACAUCACAAAUAAUGGUAAUACCACUACCGUAGACUUUCACUACAAAGACCGCAUCGAGAUCUCCUUACUCGGGACAAAAGUGAGGAUAACGCUGCACCAGUUGCAGAAAAAUGACACUGCUGUAUAUGCCUGUAGUGGGAGCGUGCUAGAAAAUUUCGAGCCCCAUUGUGUGUUGAGCCAAGGCACCAUAUUGGUGGUGAAAGAAAUGGAGCAGGCAGAGUGCUGCAAGGCUUCCUGGGUGCCCUAUGUCCUUUCCUUCACGGUUUUGAUCUCGGUUUCUGCGCUGGGAUACCUCAUUCUGUCUCACAUUGAUAUCAAGAAACACUGCCAAGAAGGAAAGAAAAAGCAAGCAAAUACUGUGUACGAAGACAUGUCCUACACCCUUAGGCUCAACACCCUGGCCACAGGCAACUCUUAUAGCAAUUAUUAGCAAGCUCUUGCCAGCUGAGGCAGUCUGGACAUCAGCAGCUCCUUCUCCAUGUGUUUGAGCUAGAAAGGCUGACAUCUGACAGUCAUUCCCUUUAGUGAAAA